CUUAGCUCCUGCGCUCGCUCAGCCACCGCGAGCACCCGGAGGGACGGGAGCCGGACGCACGGCCCCGUGCUGGGUAGGGUCGCAGCUGCCAUGGAUAGCGACGACGAGGUAGUGGAGGAAGCCGUGGAAGGGCACCUGGACGAUGACGGAUUACCACAUGGGUUCUGCACUGUCACCUACUCCUCCACAGACAGAUUUGAGGGCAACUUCGUGCAUGGAGAAAAGAAUGGACGUGGGAAAUUCUUCUUCUUUGACGGCAGCACCCUGGAGGGAUACUAUGUGGAUGAUGCCCUGCAGGGCCAGGGCGUUUACACCUAUGAGGACGGAGGUGUUCUGCAAGGCACCUAUGUGGAUGGGGAGCUGAAUGGGCCAGCCCAGGAGUACGACACCGACGGGAGGCUGAUCUUCAAGGGACAGUACAAAGACAACAUUCGACACGGAGUGUGUUGGAUCCAUUACCCAGACGGAGGCAGUCUCGUCGGGGAAGUCAAUGAAGAUGGGGAGAUGACGGGGGAAAAGAUAGCCUACGUGUACCCUGAUCAGAGGACUGCGCUCUAUGGGAAGUUCAUUGAUGGAGAGAUGCUGGAAGGGAAGCUGGCCACCCUCAUGGCCACAGAAGAAGGGAAGCCACACUUUGAACUGACAUCGGGAAGUUCCGUGUUCCACUUUGACAAAUCGACUUCCUCCUGCAUCUCUAGCGAUGCCCUCCUUCCAGACCCCUAUGAGUCCGAGAGGGUUUAUGUUGCCGACUCUCUCAUCUCCAGUGCCGGAGAAGGACUGUUUUCCAAGGUAGCAGUGGGACCCAAUACUGUCAUGUCAUUUUAUAAUGGAGUCCGAAUUACACACCAAGAGGUUGACAGCAGGGACUGGGCCCUAAAUGGGAACACUCUCUCCCUGGAUGAGGAAACAGUCAUUGAUGUGCCUGAGCCCUACAACCACGUGUCCAAGUACUGUGCCUCCUUGGGACACAAGGCGAAUCACUCCUUUACUCCAAACUGCAUCUAUGACAUGUUUGUCCACCCCCGUUUUGGGCCCAUCAAGUGCAUCCGCACCCUUCGAGCUGUGGAGGCUGAGGAGGAGCUGACCGUUGCCUACGGCUAUGACCACAGCCCCCCGGGGAAGAGUGGGCCCGAAGCCCCCGAGUGGUAUCAGGUGGAGCUGAAGGCCUUCCAGGCCACCCAGCAAAAGUGAAAGGCUUGGCCCUGGGUUCCAGAGACCUGGGAUAGAAAUUCGGAUCUAUGCACUACAUUUAUCUGACAACGGGACAACCAGGGACUGUUCAUGCCGUGACUUCACAUCCUCUCACCCUGCGUUAGCAACGACUCCUCUCGCAUACUAACUAGGUUUGACUGUAUUACUCAUACCAGAUUUAAAAUUAGCUAGCCUUGCAACAAAGCCCUACUGAGAGGGACUGUCGAACUGUGGGACAACAUGAUGUUCUUUGAUGGUUGAAGUCUAAAUCUGGACCACGUUCAGAGAUACCAAAUGAUUAGGCUGAAAAAGGGAAAUGGGGUUCUUUGGUCUUUUUUUUUUCUCUUUCUUUCUUUCUUUUUUUUUUUUUUUUUUUUUUUUUUUUUGGUCGAUGGGUUUUUUUUUCCCAUGAUGCUUUUCUCUAUGGCCAGUGCAAACGGUGCUCAGUCACCCUUGCACGUUGCCAACCGCAGGGCAGGAAGCGAUUACGUCUUUAUAUACAUGUAGGGCCACUUGCCUUUUAACCUUUGAUCUGUAUCUUGCAAUAGAAUGGCAUUGUUUUCGUUGUUACUCUCCUAGCUUCCCAACGUUAGCUACUACACUUUACAAGAGGAAGCUUCCAAAUGGAUUUUGCACUUGUAGCAGCAUACAGGUCUCUCUGGUUCUUUCUCUGCCAUUUCAUUCUUAUGUCCUGAUAUAAAGUCCUGGCUCGUAGGGCCAGACUAUUAUUAUAGACUUAACUAUUCUCGCAUGUCAACAGAUAUCUUUACUUUCAGAUGUGAGAAGAGAGGAAUUUACCGUGUUUGCAUUAAUUAUGAGAGAGUUGUAAGGUAUACGUUCAGGAAAAGAGGGGGAAAUUAGUAUUUCUAAACAGUUGUUAGAGCAGUUUUUUGCAGUAUCUUCGGUAGCAUUGGUAAUUUUUUUUUCUUCUUGGGUACACAUUAAUUGUACAUAACCUAGUGCAGUCCGGCUUGUGACACAGCUCAUUGGAUUCAAAUCCCAUAGCCGAGGUGCAUUCCAAGGCGGAAUGCAGACGUCUCUUUGGAAUCAGUGUCAUGUCAUGAAGGCAGACGUGCUGAUCACUAGGCACGGAUCAGAUCCUUAGCGGAAGCUUCUCGUCACAGCGAUCUCAGAGCACUUAGCUGCUUCCAAGAGCUCACACCUGUGCGGUUAAUACCGCUAGCAUUUCAGCCACCUCACAAGCCGUAUGUAACCACACCUGCAGAAGUACAGAGAGAACCCCACUCUUUUAGUUUAGCACAUUAGGUCUGUAACAUAACUGGAUUGCUCUGAAUGAAGGCCG